AUGGAGCUUGAGGAGUGCCACUCCCUUGACCGAGGCCACUGCGAUGUGGGGGAAACUCGUUUGAAUGAUGAGGACGCCCCUGUUUCCCCAGAGAUAGAAGGAAAUGUCGUUGAUGCUGAGACGCCGGACAAUCCCGCCCCUACCUCAAAUUCUGAGAAGGGGCCUUCUUGUGAACCUGAGGAGGUCGCAGAGCAGGAUAUUCAGCGGCCUGCUGGUUCACCUGAUCCGGAAUCCUCAUCGCGGAUAUUCCAAGCCAUAGCACCCAUGUUUAUGGGAGAUUUCGCUGAUACAGCUGGUCGACGACCGGCCAUACUACUCUGUUUUGUCAUAUCCGUCGCCGCAUGUGUCGGCUUGGCAUUACAAACCAAUUACCUUGCAUUGUUUAUACAUCGUUGCGUGCAAGCAGUGGGAAGCAGUCCGACAAUCGUCCUUGCUACAGGAGUUGUUGCAGAUGUAGCAACUUCGGACCAAAGAGGAACAUAUAUAGGCUGGAUCACCGCUGGCGCCUUGCUGGGCCUGGCUAUUGGCCCUGUGGUAGGCGGUGUGCUGACACAGCAUCUGGGCUGGAGAGCUAAUUUCUGGUCCCUGGCCGUAUUCAGCGCUGCCUUUCUUGUAUCGUUCGUAAUAUUUUUCCCAGAAACCGGGAGGCAUAUCGUGGGGGAUGGCUCACACCCUCCUCAGAAAUGGAAUAUCUCCGUCAUUACGCACUUGGCCCGUAAAUCGGUCCGCAGAACCGAAGACUCCAGUGUUACCUUUCAAGCACCGACAGACGCUCCCAGAAGGCCAAAGCUCCGCUUCCCCAAUCCCAUCAAGUCCCUCGUCAUCCUGCGUGAGAAAGACACCCUAAUCAUUCUUCUAACGAACGCCAUAAUGAUUGGCGCCUUCUACGAUAUCAACGUCUCCGUCACUUCCCUCUUCCACGACAUCUACGGGUACAACGACUUCCAGAUCGGUCUUUGUUAUAUCCCCUUCGGCAUGGGGGCGUGCAUAGGCUCCAUUGCCAAUGGCUUCCUCCUCGACUACAACUACAGCCGCAUCGCCAGGGAACUCGGCGUCCCCAUCGUACGCAACAGGCAGCAGGACCUCCGUCAUUUCCCUGUCGAACGCGCACGGCUGCAGACCAUGUUUCCGCUGAUGUUCGUGAGCGUGUGCGCCAUUGUUGCUUUUGGAUGGGUGUUACAUUUCCGCGUCUCGAUUGCAGCGCCGCUGGUGCUUCUAUUCAUAUCCGGGGCCACAAUUACAGGUACUGUCAAUACUGUAAGUACACUCCUCGUGGACUUGCAUCCAGUUAGUGCCGGUGCCACGGCAGUUAUAUCUCCAAUGAUCAGUGGUAUGGGUGUUGGGUGGUGUUAUACCCUUAUUGGUUUUAUCAUCGCGGCCACUUCCCCUGCUAUGCUCGUUGGUAUACGCUCUGGACCGAAGCGGAGGGAACAGAAACGCCUUAACGCUGAGGCGCAAUCAGCAGGCUGA